AGGCGCGCCCCGUGCCCGCUCUAGUUCGCGCGCCUCCCCGGGCCCCGCCGCCCCUCCGGCUGCCGUGGAGCGGGGCUCGGGCCCCAGCCUGCGCGCCCGGCACCCGCGGCUCCGGACGACCCGGCGGCGCUCGGCCCGCUCAGGUCGCCAGGAUCCGGUCCCGGCUCACCAUGCACUGCCACGCGGAACUGAGGUUGAGCUCACCCGGCCAGCUCAAAGCAGCCAGGCGGCGCUACAAGACUUUCAUGAUCGAUGAGAUCCUCUCCAAGGAGACCUGCGACUACUUUGAGAAACUUUCUCUCUACUCUGUGUGCCCGUCUCUGGUGGUGCGACCCAAGCCCCUGCACUCUUGCACCGGCUCUCCUUCCCUACGGGCGUAUCCUCUCCUGUCUGUGAUCACCCGACAGCCCACAGUCAUCUCCCACCUGGUUCCCACUGGCCCCGGAAUCACCCCAGUGUUAUCUCGCCAUCCAGUCACCGAGGCUGCUGCUGCUGCUGCUGCUGCUGCUGCUGAGACCCCUGGUGGUGAGGCAUUAGCCAGCAGUGAAUCUGAGACAGAACAGCCCACACCCCGGCAGAAGAAACCACGCAGGAGUCGCACCAUUUUCACAGAGCUGCAGCUCAUGGGUCUGGAGAAGAAAUUUCAGAAGCAGAAGUAUUUGUCUACCCCAGACAGGUUGGACUUGGCCCAGUCUCUGGGACUCACUCAGCUACAAGUGAAGACUUGGUAUCAGAACCGCAGGAUGAAAUGGAAGAAGAUGGUCCUUAAAGGUGGACAGGAAGCACCCACAAAACCUAAGGGGCGCCCCAAGAAGAACUCCAUUCCCACAUCAGAGGAGAUUGAAGCUGAAGAGAAGAUGAAUAGCCAGGCCCAGGGCCAAGAGCAGCUGGAGCCCUUGCAGGGACACGAGGAGUCCUGUGAUAUCCAGGAGCCCAAAGCAUGCAGUGUCCCCUUGGAGGUGGCAGAACCACCUCACCAGCCCCAGGAGUUGCCGGAAGCUUCCUCUGAACCCCCACCAUUAAGCUAAAAUAAAGUUCUGUGGGGGAAGGGGGAGACUGGGAGGAAGGGAAGAGAGAAGGCAAGGAGACGUUGAAAGGACAGAAGACCUCUAAAGACAGCAAGGUGUAGGUAGAAGAGCGCUGCCUGUCUCCCUCCUCCCAGUGGCAUUCUCUUCCUGAGCAUUUGAUGAAGAUUUGCUCGCGUGGGACUUGCCCUUCUUGCAAGGCUGUGUUAGCCACAGAUACCCUUGAGUAAGGGAGAUAGCGCUUUGGAGCUGAUUCCCGGGCUUGGGUGAUGGCUGUGGGGUUGGGUACAGCAGUUUGUCAGUGUGGCAGGCUGGGCUGGCCUGCAGUGAGGGUGGUUCUUCUUCCUCCCUGCUCCCCUCUGGGCAGCUGGUCAGAGAAGCAGAGAGAGGUAGGUGGAAGUGCUUGGGAGGCUUACCCAAGCUCCUUGCCGACUCAGCGCUUAUUUCUGUAGUUUUAAGAGAAUUGAAUGUUUUUGGAUUUUUGU